GAAUUGGCAACGGCCAUUCUAAAAGACAAGAUUAAACCGAAUCGCUUAAUUGUGGAUCAGUCGGUGAAGGACGAUAAUUCUGUAGUGAAGAUGGAUGAAUUAAAUCUGUUCCGUGGUGAUACGGUGGUGUUGAAAGGUAAGAAGCGCAAAGAGACGGUCUGUAUUGUGCUGGCCGAUGAUACAUGUCCCAAUGAUCGAGUUCGAAUGAAUCGAGUAGUACGCAAUAAUUUACGUGUUCGCUUGGGCGAUUAUCACAGCAGCACCGAACAUCAGCUACGGUAA